AUAGUGAUGUGAAUAGGUUAAAUUAUCUUGGCUUGGUUUCUGAUGCUAACCUUCUUUCUGCAGAGUUUUGUGAAGAAAGGUGAAAAUUCAGCUGAAAAGGUCUCAGAACUGAGUUUAGAAAAGGGGGAAGAAGUAGCUAAGAAGAGAAAGCAACUAUGGCAGUGCUGCAAUUGCAACACAAAGCAUUAGAAGCUUGCCAGAAGUUCUUAGUCGGGGAUGCUGGUUCUGACAGUGACGAAGAUGACAAAGAUGAUGAGGAUGAAGACGAAUUGGUAGAUGAUUAUGAUUCUAAAGAAUGUGAGGAGUACAAGUUCUUUGAAAAAGUGUUUGCAGAAGAUGGUGACUUGAGGAGAUAUUAUGAGAGCAAUUAUAAGGAAGGGGAUUUUCAUUGUUUGGUUUGUGGAGGUAUAGGGAAGAAAGUAUGGAAGAGAUUUAAGAAUUGUAAGACACUAAUUCAUCACUCCACUGCCAUACUAAGGACAAAAAGGAAGAGAGCUCACAGGGCCUAUGCACAGGUCAUCUGCAAAGUUGUUGGUUGGGACAUUGAUCAAUUGCCAGCUAUUGUAUUAAAGGAUUUGGAUUCCUCCUUCAUAGGUUCAAGGAAGCUUUUGGGUUUUGAGAAAGAAAGUGUGAGUCUAGACGGAAAGGUCUUGGAACCAAGUUCUGAAAAUGGAGGAGAAAUAGUUAAGGAAUCUCAUGAAUCUCUGGUUUCUGGUGCUGAGUGGGAAAGUGAAAGCCCCAAGGCUGGUUUUUCUUCUACAACUUCAGGAUGGCCUUCCUUUGAUGACAUCAAAUCAUCUUCUCUCAAUUAUUCUCUAUCAGUAGAAGAGAAAGCAACUGUGGCAGUGCUGCAAUUGCAGCACAGAGCAUUAGAAGCUUGCCAGAAGUUCUUAGUUGGGGAUGUUGGUUCUGACAGUGACGAAGAUGAUGAGGAGGCAGAGGAUGAUGAGCUGCUAGAUAAUGAUUCUAAAGAAUCUGAGGAGUAUAAGUUCUUUGAAAAAGUGUUUGCAGAAGAUGGUGACCUUAGGAGAUAUUAUGAGAACAAUCACAAGGAAGAAGAUUUUUAUUGUUUGGUUUGUGGGGGUAUUGGGAAGAAGGUAUGGAAGAGGUUUAAGGAUUGUAUUGGACUAAUUCAGCACUCCACUGCCAUACUAAGGACAAGAAGGAAGUGAGCUCACAGGGCCUAUGCACAAGUCAUCUGCAAAGUUGUAGGUUGGGAUAUCGAUCAAAUGCCAACUAUUAUGUUAAAGGAUUUGGAUUCCUCAUUGGCUGGUUCAAGGAAGCUUUUC